CUCGUUAAAGCAUUACUAUUAGCUUCCUAGUUAAGAAGAGAGAUAUUAUCCGAGCAAGAGAGAAAACAAUGGAGGGUUUCCCAGUUAUUGACUUGUCAAAGCUCAAUGGUGAUGAGAGAAGCUCAACCAUGGAGAUGAUUAAAGAUGCCUGCGAGAGCUGGGGCUUCUUUGAGUUGGUGAAUCAUGGGAUAGCUCCUGAGCUGAUGGACACUGUAGAGAGGCUGACAAAAGAGCAUUACAGAAAGUGUAUGGAGCAAAGAUUCAAGGAAAUGGUGGCCAGUAAAGGCCUAGAAGCUGUUCAGUCUGAAGUUGGUGACUUGGACUGGGAAAGCACUUUCUUUCUGCGCCACCUUCCCGAAUCAAACAUUUCUGAAAUCCCUGAUCUUGAAGAAGAUUACAGGAAGGCAAUGAAGGAAUUUGCUUUUGAAUUGGAGAAGCUAGCCGAGCAACUUUUGGACUUGCUCUGUGAGAAUCUGGGGCUGGAGAAGGGAUACUUGAAGAAGGCUUUUUAUGGGUCCAAGGGCUUACCAACCUUUGGCACCAAGGUCAGCAACUACCCGCCAUGUCCCAAACCAGAUCUGAUCAAGGGACUCAGAGCCCACACAGAUGCUGGUGGCCUCAUCCUUCUCUUCCAGGAUGACAAAGUCAGUGGUCUCCAGCUCCUCAAAGAUGGCCAGUGGGUCGAUGUUCCUCCCAUGAAACACUCCAUUGUCAUCAACCUAGGAGACCAGCUUGAGGUAAUUACAAAUGGCAAGUACAAGAGUGUCCUCCACCGUGUGUUGGCUCAACGUGAUGGGAACAGAAUGUCUAUAGCUUCAUUUUACAACCCGGGAAGUGAUGCUGUAAUCUAUCCAGCACCGGCAUUGGUUAAGAAAGAAGCUGAGCAGAUUCAACUCUACCCAAAAUUUGUGUUUGAGGACUACAUGAAACUCUAUGCAGGACUCAAGUUUCAGGCAAAGGAGCCCCGAUUUGAAGCCAUGAAGGCUAUGGAGUCCACUGUGAACUUGGGCCCUAUUGCAACUGUUUAAGUCCCCUUCAAUGGCAGUACAUUGUUGGGGAUUAGUGCUUAAUAAUUAGUAAGUGUUGUUUAUAUAGUUGUUAAAGAGUGUUGGGUAGUGUGGAAACAUAUAGUUUCAAUGAGCCAAGAGGUUGGACUUAUAGGAACUCUUCUUGAGAGUUAUGUCUAGCAGCUGUUGUGGUCCUGAUAAAUUUACUUAAUGUAGAAAGUGACCAACAUGACAUGAAUCGUCUUAAUAUAUUAUUCUAUCUCGAUGGCGGUAUUAUGCUGUAA